AUGCCAGAGGAGGAGGAACGAGAGAAAUUAGCCAAAGUUAUCAGACAAUGGAAUAACAACAGACUGGACCUGUUUGAAAUAAGCCAACCUGACAAGAAUCUGCAAUUUCACGGCGUGAUGCGCUUCUACUUUGAAGAUCGUGUUGGAGGCAACGUCGCCACAAAGUGUAUCCGUGUUUGCAGCAACUCUUCCACUCGUGAGGUUAUUGAAACUCUUUCUGAGAAAUUCAGGCCUGACAUGAAAAUGCUGACCACUUGUUACUCUCUGUAUGAGAUCCACACCAAUAAAGAACGUACAUUGGAUCUGGAUGAGAGACCUUUGGUUGUGCAAUUAAACUGGAACUCUAACAACAGAGAAGGACGUUUUGUGCUUAAGAAAGACGAGGAGAGUUUGAAGGAAAACUGCCACGAGAAGGAAAAGGGAGGCGUGAUUCAAAACUUCAAGAGGACACUGUCAAGAAAAGAAAAGAAGAAAGAGAAGAAUAAAAUUAAAGCCACUGAUGAGGCUAUAGGAGAUGAAAAUGGGUCAACUGAAAAGCCACCGAACAACAGCAGCGUUUCUGUGUCUAACCCUGAGACGAAAAAGCAGCACACAGGAAACAAAAAGCUACAACAGAGCCAGGCUGACCUCGGAAGUCUUCAUCCUGACUUUUUAGAUCAACCUGGAUUACCACUUGGGAUUAAACUCUGUGAUAACUCGGAGGAAGCCUUCCUGUCUGCAGUCAUCAAUUACACCAACAGCUCUACAGUUCAUUUCAAGCUCUCACCUGCGUACAUCCUCUAUGCAGUGGGGCGUUGGCGCUUCACUCUGCAACGGUGGGGCUCCCCAUCGCCAGGGAAGACACACAGCGUAACCUCGAUUGCGGACAAAAUGGUGGCCAUGACAGGAAAGGUCAUCCAGAGGCAGCAGGCCAUCGCCGGUGCUCUUGCCUUCUGGAUGGCCAACUCCUCCGAGCUGCUAAACUUCCUCAAGCAAGACAAAGACCUGAACCCGCUCACCCAGCAAAGUCAGCUGGAUCUGUCCCACCUGGUGCACAAAGCCUACAGUUGCCUGAUACAGUGUCUGCAGAACGAGCUGAGAAAGCAUUUGCCAACUUUUAUGAUUGAUCCAGAGCAACAUGGUCCACUGCCGGCGGGUAUAGAGUUGGUGCUGAACACCUUGAUGAACGCCAUGUCUCUGUUACGUCGCUGUCGGGUCAACCCCGCCCUCACCAUCCAGCUCUUCUCCCAGCUCUUCCACUUCAUCAGCGCUUGGCUCUUCAACAAGCUCAUGAGCCCCGAGGCCGACAUUCCAGGCCUCCGCUCCCACUACUGGGGGGCCGCUCUCCGACAGAGGCUGACCGCCAUCGAGGCCUGGGCAGAGAGGCAGGGCCUGGAGCUGGCUGCCGACUGCCACCUGGGACACAUCAUCCAGGCAACCACACUGCUGACCAUGAAAAAGUACUCGAUGCAGGAUGCGAAGAAAAUCCAGAGUACCUGUUUCAAGUUGAAUUCACUGCAGCUGCAGACGUUGCUGGCCGGCUACCUCUAUGCAAACAAUGAGCCUCAUAUCCCCCCUGAUUUAAUCAAUGCCAUAGUGACAGCCGCGGACGCCUCUGCAGAUAACCUGAUUCGGAGCGAAGGACGGGACAUCCAGCUGCAGGAGAGCCUCGACCUCCACCUGCCCUUCCUGCUGCCGGAGGGAGGAUACUCCUGUGACACAGUGAGAGGGAUCCCCCUGGGGCUUAGAGAAUUUUUGGAGCCGAUUUACAGGAAAGGUCUCUGCUCUUUAACUUCCCAGCCAAACUCCAACGGGGACUGGGCUGUGUAUUUUAAAGAACCGACGUCCUCUGCAGGGAGUACAUAUGUGGCAGCUCAAAGAGAGCCGGAGAUUGUGACGAUCACACUGAAGAAACCUCUCAACAGUGGGAUGGGGGUCAGCAUUGUGGCUGCCAAGGGAGGAGGGCAAGAUUAUCUCGGGAUUUAUAUCAAAUCUAUUGUCAGGGGAGGACCAGCGGAAAUGAACGGCAGGCUAACAGCUGGGGAUCAGCUGCUGAGUGUGGACGGCCAAAGCCUAGUCGGCCUCAGCCAAGAAAGGGCCGCAGCUAUCAUGAUGCAAACCGGCCCCAUUGUGACCUUACAGGUUGCAAAGUUUGGAGCGAGCUAUCACGGCCUCGGUGCUCUGCUGAAUGAACCAACUACAGAAAGGAUAGCAGGUGAUAAAAGUCAUGCAAAUCCAAACGGUAAAGCACUCAUGCUGCACAGCGCUCUGGAUCCUGGUCAUUCAGAGCAGCUGGAGAGUCUGCAUGGAAACAGCAGAAAGAAGAGAGAGCAGAUAAUGCAAAGGAACAGAGAGCUUUAUCGGUCCAACCCCAACAUGACCACACACUUUGCCCUGGAGGAUGAAGUUGAACCUAUUGACCCUGAUGUGAGAGGGAACAACAUUGUGGCUGUUUCCACUCUCAACCUUUGCACUGAUACAUUUCACAGGGAAUACUUGACUCUCCCGAACCCUAAAUCCCAGAACAAGACCAUAUCUGAAUCCAGUCGACCACAGCAAAUGCUUAAAUUGUCUUUAAGGCCUUUAGAUGGACAGAACACAACAAGUGAUAAAAGGACCUUUAUGCGUCAAGCCCUCUCACAGGAGAACUUGUGUGUGGACAAUGGAGGCCCCCUGCUGGACAAAAGGCAGAACACGUGGCAGGAUCAGAGGGCAAAGCAAACCAGGAGCCACUAUUCUUCUUUCCCAAUUCGCCCGAGCUUCUCCUCUCAUGACAUACUUUCUGAUAACAGCUCUUCUGCAAAACAACCGCAGGGAACUCGCACAAGUGGUGCCGGAGUCUGGAGAACACCCUUUUCACAGCAUCCAACACCUACACCCUCGAUCCAACCGAUACGCAUGGACAUCCCUGUGACCAGAGCAGUGAGUGCACAGUCAAAUCCUCCUCUCACCACCUUCCAGCACAGUUCCUCUCUGCUGGCAGUGAAAAAGAGUCAAACCCUUAAAGUUAAUGGACAUAUAAAUCAAGUAGGGCAAAAACAGAGUCCUCAAAGCCAAGCCUAUGAUAUUUAUGCCGGUCCCAUUUCGGCAACUAAGAAACUACCUCAGCCAUCACUUCUAUCACAGCAGCAACGACCAAGCACACACAGGGAUCAACCAGCAAAACCACAAGUGAGCAUCACUCCAACAAAACACGUCUCCUUCCAAGAACCUCCUACUCAACAGAAGCAGGGAGCAGCUCCUACGAGGCAAAAAGACCUCCAGGAGCUGUCUGACCCCUGGAAGAGGGAGGCCCAGGAGAAGCUGGAGAAGCAGCAGAGGCUUCAGGUGGUGGAGCUCCUGCAGCAGGAGGUGCAGGAGCUUCAGGCUAAAGAGAAGCGCACGGCGCAGGAGAACGACCGACUCCGUAAGCUCAGCCUGGAGUGGCAGUUUCAGAAGAGGCUGCAGGAGGUGCAGCAGAGAAGAGAGGAUGAGGAUGAGGAGGAAGAAGACGAGGAUUUGGACAUGAUGAUGAUGAUACAGCAGCUGGAGAAAAGAGUGCAGAAUAAAAGAAGCUCAGAAGGAAAAGUAAACAGCGAAUUGAAAGAGCACUCAGGAAGUCUUCCCUCCCAGAAGGAAGAAAAAGCAGACGGAGAUCAAAGACCAAAUGGACAGACUCAAGACGUUGAUAACAUGGCAUCAAAAGAAAGUACCGUAUAUCUGCUAAUAUCAAUGUUUAUUCACAGAAACCAGGAGGAGAAAAUCAAGAGAGCACCGGCCCCUGAAAAGCUCACAUUCAAGGAACGGCAGCGUCUCUUUUCCCUAGCGUCUAGUGCAUAA